AUGAAAGUUAUCCUGGUUCUGACUUUCCUGGCCUGCCUGGCUCUCUGUCUGGCUCUUCCUCAGGUGGGACAUGGUUCUAUCAAUGGACCCAGUGGCCGCUUUCCCAUGACCAGAAAUUGGGCUGCUCCUCCUGUGGAUCUAAGCAAGCCCAUUAUUUUCCUGCCAGAGGCCACGCCCAUCCAUGAAGUCCAAGAGUCCCGAUCUGUUCAAACCAGACGCCACAAGAGUGGUUAA